CGCGCCCGCCCGCGCCCCGCGCAGCCUCCCCGCCCGCCGCCCCGCGCCACGGUGACCCCGGGCCUCCCUCCUGGCCCCGCGCGGACUUCCAAUAGCAGCCAGACACUGUCGUCCUGCCAUACUAUGGAGCCAUGUUCAUCAGAUGAAUUCUUCCAAGCCCUUAACCAUGCGGAGCAAACGUUUAAAAAAAUGGAAAACUACUUGAGACAUAAGCAGCUGUGCGAUGUCAUCUUAGUCGCUGGUGAUCGCAGGAUUCCAGCUCACAGACUGGUGCUCUCCUCCGUCUCAGAUUAUUUCGCUGCUAUGUUUACUAAUGAUGUCAGGGAGGCAAGACAAGAAGAAAUAAAAAUGGAAGGUGUAGAGCCGAAUUCAUUGUGGUCCUUAAUUCAGUACGCAUACACAGGCCGCCUGGAACUGAAAGAAGAUAACAUCGAGUGCCUGCUGUCUACAGCAUGCCUUCUCCAGCUGUCCCAGGUUGUGGAGGCAUGCUGUAAAUUUCUGAUGAAACAGCUCCACCCGUCCAAUUGCCUUGGAAUCCGCUCUUUUGCCGAUGCCCAAGGCUGCACAGAUUUGCAUAAAGUGGCCCACAAUUACACUAUGGAACAUUUCAUGGAAGUAAUCAGAAACCAGGAAUUUGUAUUACUCCCAGCCAAUGAAAUUGCAAAGCUCUUGGCCAGUGAUGACAUGAACAUUCCUAAUGAGGAGACAAUACUGAACGCGCUUCUUACUUGGGUCCGCCACGAUCUGGAGCAGAGGCGGAAAGAGCUCAGUAAACUGUUGGCUUAUAUUAGGCUACCUCUCCUGGCGCCGCAGUUCCUGGCAGACAUGGAAAACAAUGCACUUUUUCGGGAUGACAUAGAGUGUCAGAAGCUCAUUAUGGAAGCAAUGAAGUAUCACUUAUUACCUGAGAGACGACCCAUGUUGCAGAGUCCUCGGACAAAGCCUCGGAAGUCGACUGUGGGAACGUUAUUUGCAGUUGGAGGAAUGGAUUCAACCAAAGGAGCGACGAGCAUUGAGAAGUAUGAUCUCCGUACAAACAUGUGGACUCCCGUGGCCAACAUGAACGGGAGGAGGCUGCAGUUCGGUGUUGCCGUGUUGGACGACAAACUGUACGUGGUUGGAGGGCGCGAUGGACUGAAGACUCUGAACACUGUGGAGUGCUACAACCCCAAAACGAAAACCUGGAGUGUGAUGCCGCCCAUGUCCACACACAGGCACGGGCUUGGCGUGGCUGUAUUGGAAGGCCCCAUGUAUGCAGUAGGCGGGCAUGACGGCUGGAGCUACCUGAAUACGGUGGAGCGGUGGGACCCUCAGGCUCGCCAGUGGAAUUUCGUGGCCACUAUGUCCACCCCGAGGAGCACAGUCGGUGUGGCCGUGCUGAGUGGAAAACUUUAUGCAGUUGGUGGUCGUGAUGGGAGUUCUUGUCUCAAGUCAGUAGAAUGCUUUGAUCCUCACACUAAUAAAUGGACACCAUGUGCCCAGAUGUCAAAAAGGAGAGGUGGUGUAGGAGUAACAACCUGGAACGGACUUCUCUAUGCUAUUGGAGGACACGAUGCUCCCACAUCCAACUUGACUUCCAGACUUUCAGACUGUGUGGAAAGAUAUGAUCCCAAAACAGACAUGUGGACUGCAGUGGCAUCCAUGAGCAUCAGCAGAGAUGCAGUGGGGGUCUGUUUACUUGGUGACAAGCUGUAUGCUGUCGGGGGUUAUGAUGGACAGACCUACCUGAACAUCGUGGAGGCUUACGAUCCCCAGACAAAUGAAUGGACCCAGGUUGCUCCGCUGUGUCUAGGAAGAGCUGGAGCAUGUGUUGUGACUGUGAAGAUAUGACUUCAUGCUUUGUUCUCUAAGUGACGAUGCCCUCUCCCUUUAUUAACAUAAGGGCAGUCCUACCAGUGGAUUCAUUUUUAGUGAACGUGCAAUGCCACAUUUCUGGGCACAAAGUGCCUCAUUCCAAAAUGAAGAUGUUGGAACAAUGGAGGAAGGAAUGCAUGGACCAGGAUGAGAUAUACUUCAUCGCUUAGUAAAUGAAAGAUACGCUGCCGGACUGGGAUCAUACCUUCUUGAUAUACGUAUGAAGACAAGUGCACUGCCCCAGAACAAUCCAGCACUAACUGGGAAUUCAUCUAUUUUUAGUCAGGCACAUUUUAUUCACGUCGUCCAGAGUUAUUACCGUACAAACAUAUAAGCCUCUAAAAUAAUACUUUAUAAAUUUGUCAUACAUGAGCUUCCAUACUUUCUAUUGUUUAAUCAAACCACUAUUUUAAUGAUCUACUAAAGACUAUGCUGUCUAGUUUUUUCAGGUACAAUGAUAUUAAAUAUCCUCUAGUUGUGAAUUUUAUUACUAAAAUUGAUUUAACCCAAGAAUAAACAAAAACACUUAACGCAUUCAAAAUAAGACUGACCAAAUAAAAGCUUGAUAGGAUCUCUAGGUCCUACUGAAAUAGCCAUUCCAUUCCAUCUAGAUCCACCAAGAGCUGUGUGUGAUAGACUGAAAUUAAAGCAGGAUGCUUUACAGUAAGAUAUGCAAGUUUAUGUAGAGAAAAUAAACGCUAUAUACUCUCUAAUGUUCUUCCACCUAACUAACUAGUAUUUAAUUAUGUGGAUUUCUUCUCUUUUAUAUUACAGAAGAUUAUUUGAGUUUGUCCUUUUUGAUACUGAUGCAGUUGUUUAGCAGUUCUUAUAUUCUGUCUGCUGCUGCCUGUUUCUCACAUUUGACCCAUUGUGUUAGGAACUCAUUGUGCUUCUUUAUAAUCAAAAAAUUGGGAGGGAGGUAAUGUGCUAAUUGAAUAUUUGAAAAAUCAGUUGAAAGUGUUUGUUACUCGAAAUUUUGUACAUUUGUAAACUCUAAUUACAUACAUGAAUGUUAAUAGUCUCGGUGAAUUGUUUAUUGUUUGUAAAAUGCCCUGGGCAGUAAUAUUGUAUGAAAUUUCCUUUAAGGUAGAAGUCAUUACCUUAAUAUAAUAUGGAUGUAAACUGAA